AUGGCAGAGAACGGAUCACCACGCAUUGAGAACCUCUACCACGUCAUCUACACGACCUCUCACCUGUCACAGCUUGAGGAUGUCAACGACCAGGUGGAAAAAGUUCGCAUUGGCGGAACCUACACCAAUCUAGGCGCCGCCAAAGCCGCCGCUCACAAAACACUCUUUGAAGCUGGAUAUCAAAAGGAGUGGUUCGUCGAGUACGACACACAGCAAGAACAAUUCGUCGCACACGGGAUCAAGCGAAGAGCAGGCCUUGCUGUCUACGCCAAAGCCAAAGACGGCACUAUAUUCCGGGUCGGCAUCGCCACCACACCAAAUGUGCACGCUUUCCGGGACGACGAAGACCACAAGAUCCACAGACCGCUCUACCAUGUCGUACAGACGAGCGUCAUGUACAGUGAAGACGACAGUGGAGAAUCAAGGGAGACGAACGUCGAAGGUUCGUUUCUGAAAUACGAAGACGCCAGGAAAUUUGCGACGCAGGUGCUGUUAAACCCGGAAAAUGGCUUGACGAAAGAAUCAUUCGCACAGUACGAGGAGGCAGGGCCAGAUGAGACAGAUUGUGGAUAUGGUGAGAAUGUGCUUGUGCACGCCGUGGGCCAGAAUGGAGAAAAUGUCCUGGUCAGUGUACUGAGAGGGCAGGAGCUCGAGUCUGUGAGACUGGCUGAGGCAUCUCUCAGAAUUCGGUCUUUCAACUAG